CUCAUUUAAUUUCUCCCUUAAUCCCACACUAUCUUACCCCAACAAGACACACAUAUAUUAUUAUUAUUAUUAUUAUGUAUAUGUGUCUGUAUAUAAGUAUAGUUGUCUGUGAGAAGGACAGAAUAAAUAGUUAGAGAGAGAGAGAGAGAGAGAGAGUGAGAAGAUGGAAGGCCAUGGGAGCUCAGGUGGGAGCAAAGACCCAUUCCAUGUCAUUCACAAGGUUCCCUCCGGUGACAGUCCGUAUGUUCGAGCCAAGCAUGCCCAGCUAGUGCAGAAGGAUCCGGAGGCAGCGAUAAUUUGGUUCUGGAAGGCCAUAAACGUAGGGGACAGAGUGGACAGCGCUUUGAAGGACAUGGCCGUCAUGAUGAAGCAGGUCGACCGCUCUGAGGAGGCCAUCGAGGUGAUCAAGUCCUUCCGGGGCCGCUGCUCCAGGCAGUCCCAGGAGUCCCUCGAUAAUGUCCUCAUCGACCUCUACAAGAAAUGCGGGAAAGUGGAGGAGCAGAUAGAGCUGUUGAAGAGGAAGCUGAGGCAGAUAUACCAAGGAGAGAUCUUCAAUGGAAGACCCACGAAGACCGCUCGCUCCCAUGGCAAGAAGUUUCAGGUCUCCGUCAAGCAAGAGACUUCCAGAUUACUGGGGAACUUGGGAUGGGCCUACAUGCAGAAGUUCAACUACAUGGCGGCGGAGGCAGUGUACAAGAAGGCCCAGAUGAUCGACCCGGACGCGAACAAGGCCUGCAAUCUCGCGCUCUGUCUGAUCAGACAGGCUCGGUUCACUGAGGCCCAGAGAAUCCUCGACGAAGUCCUCCAAGGGGGCGUCCCGGGCAGCGAUGACCCAAAGCCGAAGAAAAGAGCAGAGGAGUUGCUGAUUGACGUAAGGUCGAGGCAGGAGGCAUCGCCUCCGCCACCCGAGCUCUCAUACCUCCUGAGCCUGGACGAGGACUUUGUAAAGGGGCUAGAGCGGCUGAUGGGUGAGUUGGCCCCACCUAGGUCCAGGAGACUACCGGUGUUCGAGGAGAUAUCUUCAUUCAAGGACCAGUUGACAUAUUAGACGAACAAAAUUCUACACAGCCUAUUCUCCCUCGUCCACAGUUCAGGCCUCAGUUGAUAUAUAGAAAUUUAGUGAUUGUACAUAGAUAGAGUGAUAAUGCUGGUUGUGUCCGCCAUUUAAUUGGAAAACCAAUUAAACUACCGGUUACAUAGAUUUAAUCAGUGUUCAAAGUGAUUAAUUCAUAGCCGGUUUCCGAGAUACAAUCUUCAAUUCAA